UCUUCUCGUGUGUGUUAUUACGUGUAGUUGGAAGGGUUGAGAUGGUGGAGUUGAAGAAGGGGCCGUGGACUCGAGAGGAGGACCAGAAGCUGCUGGCCUAUAUCGAAGAACAUGGCCAUGGUAGCUGGCGUUCCCUCCCUGCAAAAGCAGGGCUGCUGAGGUGCGGGAAGAGCUGUAGACUGAGAUGGACGAAUUAUCUGAGGCCGGAUAUCAAGAGAGGGAAGUUGAGCACGCAAGAAGAGAAGACGAUUAUUCGACUCCAUGCUCUUUUAGGGAAUAGUUUUAGGUGGUCUGCAAUAGCAGCUCAUUUGCCAAAGAGAACUGAUAAUGAAGUGAAGAACUACUGGAAUACCCGACUCAAGAAACGGUUGACCAGAAUGGGGAUUGACCCGGUAACCUACAAGCCCAAGAACAACCCCGACAGACAUGCCGCCAACCUCAGCCACAUGGCUCAGUGGGAGACAGCUCGGCUUGAAGCAGAAGCCAGGCUAGUUCGUGAGUCCAAACUUCUCUCCAAGCUCCACCUCCUCCGCAAAGUCACCGCCCCACCACCACCUCCCCCGCCGCCGCAGCAUCCAGCGGCUCCACCGUGUCUAGACGUGCUCAAAGUCUGGCGAGCCACCGCGGUUCCAGAAAACUGCUUUUUUGGUUCACCCGGAAGCCUAGAGUCUCCAACUUCGACCCUGAACUUCUCUACUCCUAGUACCAGUGGUCUCACUCUCACAGUUCCGACGGUUAGCUCAGCCGCGCAAAACGACGUCAUCUCGAUGAACAACUCCGGCGCAUGUGGGCUGGGGAAAGCUAACAGCUACACAGAAGUGAAGCUGCGCACAAUGGAUAACUCUUCGACGACGUCCCAAUAUCUUGACAGCGGUAAUAAUCUUGAUGAUUAUCAUUAUGUGGAUUUCGAUUACGAAUACGAUCACGACUACGAUAUGACGGGCUCAGUGGACCUUGCCUCAGUUAAUCAUAACUAUGAGGGGUACAGCACCGGUGGAGCCGUUGAGUUUGAAGAUGCAGCAGAUUAUUGGAGUGAGUUACUAAAUUUGGUGAGGUCGCCCAUUGAGUCGCCUGGGCUUUAGGGGUAAUUUAGGUAAAUUACUAUGAUUCCAGGUUAGUGUAAUAAUGAUGCAGAUGUACCGACUAAGGUGUUAGGAUUAAUUUUCUUACAACAAAGUAGGUAGAAAAACGACUCUGAUUCGUUAGUUAGUGUGAUUUUCCCAUGUACUAAUUGUGUAACAAGAUUAGGGUUUUUUUCCUCA